AUGACAAUCGAUAACCUCAAUGAUCUUCCCAAGUUCGUCUUGGUGGAGAUAUUCAAGAACUUGAGACUAAAGACAUGUAACAGCACAAUGGGCAAGGACUCAUUCUUUAAUAACUAUGGCAGCGACUCGGACGUUGUCACACAGGACAGCUACGCACGAAUGGAGGACACCAAGGCCUUUGGUAGCCAAGUGUCGGCAAACGCCUCGCAGGCUGACUCGGCCAACGGCGCACAGCCGACCCAGACCGACUCGGACGGCUGCGUGCGUCCCAACUUCAAGAAGAUGUCCCGGGAAGAGAUACACAAGAUGUGCAAAUCAUUCAUGUCGUCCUAUAUGGACAACAUCAUCACUCUGUCACUGGUGUGCAAGCUGUGGGCCAAGCAGAUCGUUCCUAUCUCGUCGUGCCACGUGGUAAAGGUCGUCUCGCAGCGCCAGUUCUACACACUCUUCAAGUACAUGACGCAGGGCAUCGUUGAGGAGGGCGCCACGUGCCUCUUCUCCACGAUCAAGUUCUUUUGCGGCUCCAACCAGCUCGUGCCCAAAGACUACCGCCUGCUGUACACGCAGUGCACGUCGGUGCGCAGUCUGUGCUUUGACAAGAACCAGUUGUCCUUCUGCGACAUUGUCGUGCUGGCCGAGUUCAUCAAGGAGUCUAAGAACAUCACCGACAUCAAGAUCCCCAACAACUUCACACCACACUCGUUCAAGCUGUUCUGCGAUGCGCUCAAGUACAACCAGUCGCUGGCCAUCCUGGACAUGUCGUCGACACCCAUGACACUGGACUGCAUAAACUCGCUAAAGGAGGCCCUAAAGGUGAACCGCACGCUCAGCUACCUGGACCUGUCAUUCAAUUCGAUCGGCUCCAACGGCAUCUACCUCGCCGAGAUCCUGCGUACCAACAGCUCGCUCAAGAGCCUCUUCCUGAUUGGCAACGAGCUGGACGACGAGUCGGUGUGCGCCUUUGCCGAGAUCCUGCGCAACAAGAACCGCUCACUCACCGAGAUCUCCCUGAGCGAGAAUGCCUUUGACGACAGCGUUGGUGCCAUGCUGGGCAACAUCUUCAAGGACAACAGGACGCUCCGCUCACUGGACAUCAGCGCCAAUCAGCUGGGCGAGGAGACUGCAGCGUCGUUUGCCGAGUCCCUGGUGCAGUGCACCACGCUGACGUCGCUAAACAUCAGCGAGUGUUCGCUUGCCAACGACGGUGGCAUCAACCUAUUCCAGACGUUGCAGAACAACACGAGCAUCCGCCACCUCAUCCUGUGGAGCUGCGACCUCAACCAAGACUCUCUCAAGGACGAGCUGGCCAGCUUCAUCAAGAACAACCGCACGGUCACCACACUCUCGUUGGGCUACAACGACCUCACCUCGAACGACAUAAUCCCCAUCAUCAAGGACGGCCUCAUCUACAACACAACACUGCAAGUGCUCUCGCUCAACAACAACCACAUCGACUCGCAGGGCGGCAUCGAGCUGGCUCGCUACCUCGAGACCAACACGUCGCUCCAGGAGCUGCUGCUGCUGGACAACCUGAUAGAGAACGUGGGUGCCAUCGCCUUUAUCAUCGCGCUGGUCAAGAACCACACGAUCCAGAAGAUGUGCCUCACCCAGAACAAGAUCUGCCCCUACAUCACGCCUUGCUACCGCCGCAUCGUCGCCUACAAUCGACCAGUGUGCGCAUCGCAGAAGCAGCUGUGGAUAUCGGCCAAGUACCAACUGGUCAUGAAGGAGCUGACGCCUCUCAAGGAGUACCUCGCCAAACCCUGCGCAUUCUCCGAGAUUCUCCGUAUUCUCUUUGAUUUACUCAAUUGCUGUAUGGGUUCGAUCACGUCGGCCAUCAACUGUCUGUCCUCCACAGUAUGUUCGACGCCAUGGCUAAGGAUAACAGAUAAGAAGUUAUUAUCAUCACCAAGCAAAAGCAGCAGCAACAACAGUGGCAACAAUAAUGGUAACAACAACAAUAAUAAUAAUAAUAAUAGUGGCAACUAA